CGGAGAAGAGCCUCUUUGGAGCGUAGAUAGAUUGUAGGGAGAGACGGAGGGCAAGUGUGUGUGUGUGCGAGAGAGAGAGGGAGGGAGGGAAAGAAAAAGACCCCUUUUACUGUGCGAGAUCUUAAGGGGGUUUGGAGAUCUGGUCAGCUUUCAAGAACAUCUGAAUCCUCUUAGAGCUCCCUGGCCCAGCUGUGAGUGUGUGUCUAUGCGAGAGGGGGAGAGAAAGAGAGGUUCCUGGUGCCCCUCCAAGCGCAUUAAGGACACUCGGGCCUUUUAAUUUUAGGAAUGAAUGCUGAUACUUGUGUUUCUUAUUGUGAUCCGGCUGCCAUGGAUUCCUACUACAACGCAGCCUCCCAGGGCACAGAAGGCUCCUCGCCUUUUAGGGCAUUUCAAGCAAGUGACAAGUUCAGCCCUACUUUCCUGGCCAGCAAAGGACAAGGCUUUGGUGACAGCAGCUCUAAGUGCCGGAGCCGCUACAGCCAGCAGGAAUGUCAGUCCCUGGAUGGCAGCGUGCAGGCUCCCGGCUCCACCGCGGCUCCGGCCUCCUUUAACAAAUACCCACAACAACAGCAGCAGCAGCCGCCGCAUCUCUACAUGCAGCGAGGCCCCUGCAAAACUCCCCCGGAGAACAACCUCAAGCUGCAGGAGAGCAGCGGCCACAACGGAGCUCUGCAGGUCUCCUGUUACGGUAAGGAGAGCAAUUUGGGAGAGGCCGACCUGCAGCCGAGCUCCGAUCCUUCGGGAAUGGACAGCAGCUACCUCAGCGUGAAGGAGGCAGGGGUGAAAGUGCCCCAGGACAGGGCCAGCACGGACCUGCCCAGCCCCAUGGACAAGGCUGACUCGGAGAGCAACAAGGGCAAGAAGCGGAGGAACCGCACCACCUUCACCAGCUACCAGCUGGAGGAGCUGGAGAAGGUCUUCCAGAAGACCCAUUAUCCAGAUGUCUAUGCCAGGGAGCAGCUGGCCAUGAGGACAGAUCUCACCGAGGCUCGUGUACAGGUCUGGUUCCAGAACAGAAGAGCCAAGUGGCGCAAGCGGGAGCGCUUUGGUCAGAUGCAGCAGGUCCGGACCCACUUCUCCACUGCCUACGAGCUGCCCCUGCUCACCCGUGCUGAGAACUACGCCCAGAUCCAAAACCCCUCCUGGAUCGGCAACAACGGAGCCGCCUCCCCGGUGCCCGCCUGCGUGGUCCCCUGCGAGACGGUGCCCUCCUGCAUGUCCCCCCAUGCUCAUCCCCACGCGUCCGGCGGCGUCUCCGAGUUCCUCGGGCCCGGCAGCCACGUGGGACAGACUCACAUGGGCGGCCUCUUCGGCACGGCCGGCAUGAGCCCCGGCCUCAAUGGCUACGAGCUGAACAGCGAGCCGGACCGCAAGACCUCCAGCAUCGCUGCCCUGAGGAUGAAGGCGAAGGAGCACAGCGCCGCGAUCUCCUGGGCGACAUGACAGCCCAGCGCCGCACCGGGCACGUGGGGACAGCCGAGUACAUCCACCCGCUUGGACUCCAGACACCAGUUGCCUCCUCGGGGAUUGGAAUGCAAGCACUUUUAGCUACCCUUAUAGGCAUAUAAAGUACCUAUGUUAACGUAAGUGGAGUGUUCCCAGCAUGAACGCGGCGGCUCCCGGCCCCCUGGGAUUCAGGCGCGUGGAGCAUCGCCAGUGAGAUCCGGGUUGGGAUGCGUCCCUUCUCACCUCCCCGAUAACCUGGGCAUUUUUGUUCUCCCUGCUCCUUUCUCUGACACCAGAUCUGCCUUUCCAAAGAGGAGGAGCUCGCUGGCGUGUCAGCAGCUUCUCCCAUCCCACAUACACACCCAGACACAUCUUCUCCUCCUGUUGUUGGCAGCGUUGUUCAGAUCUGUCCUGCCUUGGGCAGGGGACUGCAUGGGGACUCUGGCACCAGCAAAGAGACACUUCUGCUCCCAUCCUUUUAGCGGGAGCCACAACUGGGAACAGGGCUGGGAAGAUGCUAAAGGCUACAAAGAAGGCAAAUCAGCCCACCUUCUACCUUGCUUCCUUUCCAUCCACAGCACAGAGCUACUGAGCUAGCUAUAGGGCCAUAUAGAGCUAUAGAGGCCUGUGAAGGGGGUGCCUCUCUUCCCAACACAGCACCGUGGUACCACACUGAGAGCCUUUGCCUCUAGUUGCCCACCCCAGCACACAACAGCUUCCCAGCACAGCUCGCUGCCCCAGGGACCAACUGGGGUUUGCU